AUGCAUACUAACAUGAACAAUCUCGAUGGAAUUAAGACUGAUAUUUAUUAUUUACCAACGUCACCUAUACGACCAAUACCACCACCUGCAUAUCCAAUGCAAUCACCAUCAUCAUCACCUUGUGCAAUAGUACUACCAUUACAACCAUCAAUAUAUCCAUCACUCUCAUUUGACAGCACAAAGACUUCAGAACCAUAUCAAGGUGUUAUAGUUCCUGACGAUUGUAUUCCUUUGCAAGCAAUUCAUAUUCGAGAUUAUAUGAUUUGGUCAAUAGCCAAUAUAGUCUUAGGUCUUAUGUUUGGUCUAAUUGCUGUGAUGUUAUCAAUACGAACAAGAAAACUAAAACAACAAGGAGAUAUUGAAGGUCAAAUAGCUUCAUGGAAAAUUCGUAUUGCUCUUGAAGAAAAACAAUUACAAGGUUAUAAAAGUAUUAUGAUUAUUCAACCAGAUCAAAUUGAUAAAAAUGAUCAUUUCUGGAAGAAUAAUGAAUAUGGCAUUAUACCAUCAUUAAGAAUACAAGAUAUUACAUUGAAUGGUGUUUUACCAGUACUUUUAUUUCUCGAAACUUCAAUACCAUCAUUAUUACCUGAAUCUUCAUUAGAAUUAAAAGGUCAUGUACUCGAACGUGCAUUUGAAAGUUUAGAGUUUCAACGUGUAUGUUCUGAAGAUCUAAUUAGUUAUUUCUUAUCUUUUGAUAAUUUUAAUACAUCAUUUAUUGAUACAAAUCUACGAGAAAAACGUGAAAAAAAAUUAUUUUCUGAAUUAAUUCGUUGGAAUGAUUAUAUUACACAAGUAAAUCCAGUGAAUUAUAUUGCUCAUACAUCAUUUACUCUAGCUGAUAUAUUAUUUUUUCCAGAACUAGCUUUAGCUGUACAAUUUGGUUUAUCACUUGAUUAUUUCUCUUCUCUUAAUAUCUAUUAUGAAACACUUUCAAAACGUCCAUCUAUAUAUAAAACAUGGCCUUAUCAUUGGCUUCAUACUAAUAUUAAAUAUGACUGGCUUUCAAAUAUCAAUCAAUUUGCUAUGUUUAAUACAAAACAACAAAAAUUAAUUGAAUCAACAUCACAUAAAUCCAUUGAUCAAGAUAAAAAUGAAAACAUAGAAUUAUUAAGUCAAUCAUCUGAGAAAAUGAAAAGUCUAGAUGAUAAAACGGAUGAAUUAUAA